UUCCGCAAUACUCAUUACCAUUAUAUACUCUGCACAAACAGCCACACACACAAGCACAACCACCACCAUGGACGACGUUUAUCAUCCAUGGAUGAAGCAUAUCGACUUGUAUAUUGAUGGCGGCGAUCAAACACAACAGGCUGCGAGCGUGGACGCGAUUGCCACCUUGCUGAAGAAUGAGUCGAUAACUCUAGAAGAUAUGGUUAGGGCAAUGAAGAUGGAUUUGACUUCUGCCCUUGACACACGUCGCUAUAGAGCUAUGCUCUUCCUCGCUAAAGUUCUGGAAUCGCUCUCAUCAAAGCCCUUAAGCAGCACUUCAAUUCAUAGCCUUCUAGUUUUCUUCGCGGAAAGACUGGCAGAUUGGAAAGCACUACGUGGUGCUCUUGUUGGUUGCUUGGCCUUACUAAGGAGAAAAACUGAUGUUGGAAUAGUUACUAAUCAUGAUGUGCUGGAAGUUACUCGCUCUUUUCUAGAAAAUCUUAGGCUGCAGUCCAUGGCUCAAUAUGAGAGGAAGCUAAGCUUGCAAGUCAUCGAAUGCUUAUUAGAUCGUUACUCUGAUGCACUUGUUGAUUUGGGAGAUAACCUUUUGUAUGGAUUCUGUGAAGCUAUUGAUGGGGAAAGAGAUCCUGAGUGCUUACUGCUUAUAUUCCGUAUGGUGGAAAGGCUUGCACAAUUAUAUCCUGCUAAUUUAGAAGAUUAUGCUGAGGAGCUAUUCGGAAUUUUAGUUUGUGUCUCUGUUACUGGUGAUCCGCCUCUUGUGGCACUAUGCCUUAUGCUUCAUAUCUUAAGUAAAUUUGAGCCAGCAACUGAGGCAAAUGACGUGAAAAGAGAGGAGCUCUCGAGGGCACUAAUGGUGGCAUUUGGUUCUACCGAUCUUUAUGAACCAUUUGCUAUCCCAUUGCUGCUAGAAAAAUUGUCUUCUUCUCUACCCUCAACUAAGGUGGAGUCAUUCAAGUUUCUUACCUUUUGCAUUGCAACAUAUUCAAGGGAUAGGAUAUAUAAUCGUGCUGAAGUUCUAUGGUCCAUUAUAAAAGAUGAAACAUAUGUUUCACCCCAGUCUACUCUAUCUAAGGAUUUGGAGUCCAUGGGUCAAAUGAGUUUUCAGGAAACUGAUGUCAUGAAUCAGGCUUUUAUCCUUCUGCAGGAAAUUAUUCGACGUUGUGAUGAUUCUAUUCAAUUUGUCAUACAUGACAACGACAUUAAUGUGUUCAUAAACUCCCUGAAUGAGUACAAAGAGUUUGAUGCUAUUCCGUUGCAAAUCAAACAGAGAUUACAUGCAGUUGGUCGUAUUCUGUCAACCUGUGCCGAAACCUCUGUUGCAUCAUGUGAUAAGGUCUUCAAAAGUUUCUUUCCACUCCUAAUGUGUGGUUUGGAGAUUUCUGUUGGAGAUAGCGUUUGUCCAGUCCAAUUGAACUUUGGGGCCCUUUAUCUAUGCAUACAACUUCUUGCAUCAAGCAGAUACUUGUCUGUGUCUCUUGAAAAUUGCGGAUCAACCAAUGACUUUUCAAAUUGGAUAUGGUCUGUCAUGGUUAGCAAUUUCUCUAAACCUCUGGUGGAGGCCUUCGUUUCCAUCGUACGACCAAAUGUCGCUGAUAACUCUCAAAGUCAUUACGUGCACUUAGGAGUUAAGGGACUGAAAGUGCUAGCUACAUUUCCGGGCAGGUCUUCUCCACUAUCCAAGUCCAUAUAUGACAAUAUUCUGAGGGAACUUCUUGGAGUUGUUGCUUCUGAUAGUGCCAACACAUUCUUAUGGAAGUUGGCUCUGAAGGCAUUAGUAGAUAUUGGGAUUUCUAUUGAUAACUGUCCAGACACAGAGAAAGCUGCCAGUUUUGAGAGUAUUGUUGUGGAAAAGAUUGUUUCCCUAUUAUCUUUCAAUGAUUCCACUAUGCCUUCAGCAGUCAAAUUACAUGCAGCUUUUGAAAUCGGAGCUACGAGGAAGGAUUUUAUGAUGAGAGUUGUUAAAAUGCUGGAUGAGGCUAUACGUACCAAUUUUUCUGAAGCUUAUAAUCAUGGGAAUCCCGAGUCUGAUAAACUGAUGGUUAAUAUUCUGGAUACUUAUUCUCGGAAGGUUUUUCCAUGGUCUUUUGAGUUCGGUGGUGUUGAGGAAGUUUCGCUGAAUUUCGCUCUUGUUAUGUGGGACAAGAUAGAAGAUAUUAGGACCUUAUACCACAAUCGUCCAGAUAGUGGAAGCGAUGUUCUUGGUGCAACAAUGAUAACUAUGAAGAAGGCUGUUGCUGGUUGUUCCAAGGAAAGCCAGGACAUAAUUAUCAAGAAAGCUUUUGGAGUUGUCUUUUCAAAGGAGGAAGUUUCUCAACAAGCUUACACCUUGGGCGCCUCUUCUGGAAGCAAUGAAUGGCUCACCUCAUUAUUAGCAUCUGUUGUUGUCGCUCUCCGUCCAGAAACAAGCAUCCCCAAUGGGAAAAAGAUUUCACAUCUGUUCAUAACAAGCAUUCUCAACGGCCAUGUCCCAUCAGCUCAUGCCUUGGGUUCCUUAGUCAAUAAGAUACCUCUGGAUAUCAAAAGCACGGGCUCAUCAGAUUGGUUUAGUCUGAACGAGCUGGACAUGAUACUUUCCAGCUUCAUAAAGACCUCUGGUGAUGAUAGCUACAAAAUUAAUUUUGGCUGUUUGAGACAAAAUGCCCUGCCAACAGAAGUGGAGAUCAAUGCCAUUAUUGGAUUGGCCUGGAUCGGGAAAGGCCUGCUCAUGAGGGGUCAUGAGAAGGCGAAAGACGUGACAAUGGCUUUGCUGAGUUUCUUGAUGCAGGGUGGUACAGCCGAGGUGCUUGAUAGGGAGGAUUCACUUCGGCUGAUGAUGUCUGCAGGGGAUGCAUUUCGUGUGAUUAUGGGAGAUUCUGAAGAAUGUCUGAACCGGAUGUGCCAUGCUAUUGCACGGCCACUCUACAAGCAACGGUUUUUCAGCACAGUUGUGCCGAUUUUGUCGUCUCUGGUGAUGAAAGCUGAAUCAUCAAUUGUAAGAUCUAUGUUAUAUAGAGCCUAUGCACAUGUUAUCUCAGAUACUCCUCUGAGUGCUGUUUUGGUAGAUGCCCGGAAGGUGGUCCCUAUGUUAUCGAGUUGCUUGUGCACGCUGAUGAAGGAUGUAGAAAACAAGGAAAUAACCUACAAAGUCGUACUUGUCAUAUCCGGAAUAUUGAUGGAUAAAAAUGGGGAAGAUGCUGCUGUAGAAAAUGCACCCAACAUUGUAGACCGACUCAUUGAACUAGUAACAUACCCUCAUAUGAUGGCAGUUCGAGAAACAGCAAUACAGUGCCUUGUUGCUGUGUCUCAACUCCCCCAUACAAGAAUUUAUCCCUUGCGAACAAAGGUUCUGCAAGCCACAGCAAAGGCACUUGAUGAUCCUAAGCGAAUAGUUCGUAUGGAGGCUGUUAGAUGUCGGCAUGCUUGGUCUAGUUGGGCUCAUAUUGUAGGCAUUAGGAAGACCCCAUUUUGGGCUGAGUUGUUAGGAGCCCAUAUUGACAGCUGGUCCAAUAGCCCAUACCUUUCGUUGGUAUCUGGAUUUCUGGUCUUCCAUGGCGACAGUAUGCAGCUAAAGUCUGAACAAACCGCGCACUUUUAUCGAAGCUGUGGCCUCCUCUCAGGAAGUGUAGAAAAUAUGGAAGGCUGUAAUAAUAAAGCAGAGUCCUUGCGAGAAGAUUCGCGUGCUCAGGCCUCAGAGGCUCAGCCCGAAGACAUUGAGAGAAAAGCCAGAAUUGAUGCUAUGUGGCAACAAAUGAAUAAAGGAGUUUCUCCAAAAACUCUAAAGUCCAUCUUGGAAAACAAGGGCUCGGCCGCAAAUAAGUCUUCUCAGAAAACUCCUGUGAAGAAAUCAUCAUCCGGAUGGAUGAAUUAUCUAGGUUUAGGAUCAAAGAAAGAGUCUCCUGUACAGGGACAGCUGGAAAAGCCUCCGAGCAUAACCCAAAAUGGCGCCAGCGAGGACACGAAAAGGCUUGCUGCUGCUGCUCUUUCGGCUGUUAAGGAUGCAGCUGCUUUGGCCACAUUAGGAAGCGGGAAAGUCGAGAUUAAGGAAGUACGAGACUUUGCGGGCGAGGAAAUCGAGGUGAAAAAACUAAUAGAUGCCGAUUCUAAAGAGGCGGCUGAGAAAGGUAAAAGCAGCAGCACUCCUUGUGCAGUUGAUGCUGUUCUUGAACAAAUAAAAAAGAAACCCAAACUAAGUGUGCUGGACAAGACAAAGAAGGACUGGGGAGAAUACAAGGAUGAGAACAAAGGGCUCGAGGAAGAACUCGAUGCAUAUAAAAAGAGCUCAAACCAGUAUUUGGACCGACUCUCGUUUUUGCAACGGGCUGACUAUCGGGAGUUUGAAAGGGAAAGGGAUGCUCGUCUUGCCUUGCAGGCCAAGCGGAAAACGGACAUGAGGGAUGAUUUAUGAUAGCGUGUUUUUUCGAAUUGGUCGAAUGAAUUUUAAAAAUUUGGAAAAAAAAGGGAUAAUAUGUUAUAAUUUAUCCAGGAUUUUUUCUUUCUUUCUUUCUUUUCUUUUCAUUUCCUUUGCUUACUAGCUAGGUGAGAAAUAUUUUCUGGAAGAACUUUCUCAUGUUUGUAAGCUAAUUUUGAGGGAACAUUGAGAACUUUGAGUCCAUUUGUCAAGAGGAGAAGUAAUAGGGAUUACUGCAAAUUUACCCUUCAAGGUUGAAUUGCAAAAUGCUCUCCGAAUUAUGUUAAAAUAAGAUUAUAUGGUCUUUGUUGUAUAAUUAAUAAUUAUAUAGAAG